AUGCGUUCGAUUUCGACUGCUACACUCUUGUGCUUGUUGCAGUUGGGGCAUGGCAUCAAAUGGCUGUAAGUUAUGGAGGAGAAUGUUGAUAAUGCCGAUGAUUUAGAGCUCUGUACAAGUACGAUGACACAUGGAGCCCUGAAUUUGAAUGUCCGUUGAACAAAACAGAAAGAAAGGCUGUUGGGAUGGUGGCACAUCAGGUGAUUAUUUUUUAAAAUUCAAUACAAUUUCAUUUUUAAAAUUAAGUUUUACAUCUAAAAACAGUGAUUAUUUAUGUGUCACCCAUUACCUAAAUAAUCGUUUUUAGGCCAGAAUGUGCAAACGCUUUCCAGAGCUGAUGCCACUAAUCAUCAGAUCAGCGCAACUUUCCGUCGACAAUUGCCAGUCGGUUUUCGCUGAUUCUCGUUGGAAUUGCACUUCCCUCACACUCGCGCCCGAUUUGAAAGCAGACUUAACAAAAGGCGAGUCCGUGUUUUUGUGGUUCGGUGGUUGUGAGCCCGCUUCGCGUGCGAACACAGGCGGGUUCGAGGCUCAAUGAAGACAACUUUCUUUCCCCUUCUUAGGAAUGAUGAUGAAAUUAUUCACGCUGUCUAACUUAUAUACGAGAGCACUUUUUACAGUUUCAUUGUCAUUUUAAAUGUUUGAUAAUAUAAAAGUUGAAUUUUUAGUCAAAAAACGGUCUAAACUGUGGUUUACUAGCUUAUUUUCGACUGUUGAUGUUGCCUUUUUGUAGUAUAUAAUUAUAAAUUUAUUAAAUUAUUUAAAAGAAACUGUUUUAGGUACGAAAGAACAAGCAUUUGUGUAUGCCCUGUCUGCGGCUGCAAUAACACAUCAAAUUGCUAAAGCAUGUGCAUCUGGCUUCAAAUAUUGUCCAUGUGGAUACGCGGAGACUUCGAUCGCUAGUGGAGCUAACUCUCCAGAUGCAUACAGGGUAAGCACUUUAAAAACUUUACUAAUUAGGCAAUUAUUUUGGCAUUCAUUCUGGCUAGUAUAGUUCACUUUGUCUUAAUAAACAUCAAUUUUUAGUGGAAAGGCUGCUCCGACAACGUGGAGUACGGUAAACGAGCAUCUGCAGAAUGGACGGAUUCCAUCUACAAGCACAGUACCUUCAAGAAACGGAAAGCCGCUGAAGAAACGACUACUGUAUCCAACGUACUUGAGUUCGAUGAAGAAACCCUGAACGCGGAUCCAGAACCGACCAGUAACCGGGCCGGACCUAAAGCAAGGAUGAAUAUCUACAACAACAACGUCGGCAGAAUUGUAAGAAAUUUCAAAUUCGCAACCUCUUCAUACCGACAUUGAAUUUUCAUACCUAUUCAGUAUCUAUUUACUCACUUAUUGCACCGAAUAUUACUUUUUCCACAAAAUUUUUACGUUUAGGUAACACAACAACGAUUGUUCCAAAAAUGUAAAUGCCACGGACUGUCAAGUAGCUGCGAAAUACGAACUUGUUGGUCUACGCUACCUCCAUUGACUUCUAUUGCAAAUGCCCUUAAAGAACGGUACAAUCUGGCACAAAUAGAGAAAGAAACAGAAAUUACUUAUGAGACAAAAGGAGAAUCCAGACCUACUCGAGUUACAGUACCUCUGCCUGAACUGGUAAGAACCGCUACUUGGAUAUAAAUUACAUUUUUUUCAAGUAUAAUGUGAUAAUUUAGAUUUACAUCAAAAGUUCGCCGACGUAUUGUGAUGAAGAUAUCGAAAAUGGAUCUUUUGGCACACGGAGCAGGUAGGAAAUGUCAUCAAAUUAUUUUUAAAUAAAAAAAUAAAAGAUCCUUACAAUAGUUUUUACAACAAAUCAACUUUUUCAAACUACAAAUAAUUAUAGAGAGUGUAACGCCACGACCUCUGGAACAGGGAAUUGUGAAAACUUAUGUUGUGGUAGAGGGUUCAACACUAAACAGUACACUGUGGAAGAACAAUGUAAAUGCAAAUACGUGCACUGUUGUUACAUUAAAUGCAAAACAUGCACAUCGAUCAUUGACAAACACUUUUGCAAAUAG